AUGAUUGAGUUAGACGCCAUAAAUCCAAAUAACCUGAAGGUUUUAGAGGUGAUAAACCAAAAAACAAUUCCAAAGGAAGUUCGCUCGUUUUCUCCGCAGUUUUACAAAGAAACUUUACAAAUUGGACCCUUAGCACAAUAUGCGUAUUUUAACAAUGUUUGCGUAGGAGCUGUUCGCUGUAAAAAGGAGACUCACAAUAAAAGCAGUAAAUUGCAAAUUUUGUCUUUAGGCGUGUUACCACCAUACCGAAAAUAUGGUGUGGGAUCUCAACUUUUGGAGCAUGCCGUGAAUACCGCUAAGGAAAUUGGAUCAAAGGAGAUUUAUGUUCAACUCCCUCAGGCAUUAGAAUCUAAAGAUUGGUUUUUGGUUCGAGGAUUCACAGAAUUGAGUGAUUCCAGUAACGAAGAGACAGCCGUUCUUGUCCAUCCUCUGCAAUAA